AUGAUCGGGCAAGUGCUGCAAGUGGUGAUCCGCCAUCCGAUCGUUACAGGAGUUGUGCUCGGUGUCGCGUCCUUGUCCUGGUCCUUUUCCUCGAUCGCCGUUCGUGCAAAGACCACCGCCUAUUUCAUGAAUUCGGGAGAUAAAAAUUCCGGAACUGCAUUCUCAUUCGCUUUUGUCACUGCUCCGGACGAGUCCAAAGCCAAGGAACUCGCUCGCGGACUCGUCUCUGAAAAGCUCGCGGCAUGCGUGAAUAUCGUGCCGAAAAUCCUGUCCGUUUACGAAUGGGAAGGCAAGAUAAAUGAGGACAAUGAAGUCUUGAUGAUGAUCAAGACACGAACGAAUCGCGUCGACGAGUUGAGCGCGUAUAUUAGGAAACAUCAUCCGUAUGAAGUGGCGGAAGUGAUUGCGGCUACGAUCACUCAGGGCAACGCGCCGUACCUAAAGUGGCUCGGUGAAGUUGUGCCGGACGUUAAUAAGAAGCUAUGA